AAUCUCGUUUUAUAUGAAUUUCAUGUUGUACGAGUCACUUAGAUUUUACAAAUACGUGAGCCAGGCUGUAGGGUGGUCGACUGUAUAUGAGCUGUCCUUAAACCAAAGAUAGUUAUUUUGCUUCGGGUAGUGGCUUCAGAUAGCAUCCAUGUUGUGUAGGUGAUCGGAGUUAAUGACAGUUAGGAGUUUUCCGGGGUUAUAAAGUUGGUGUUAACUGUUUUUAGGAGAUUGCUAUUAGUUAGGUCGUCUGCUUUCUCGUUGAUGUCGAUACCAUGGUGGGCGGGAGUCCAGAUGAAAUGUAUGUGCUUGUCGUGGCUGUAGUGAUGUGUAGUUUGUUACGGAUGCUGUGAAAGAUAAUAGGAGAUUUGUUAUUGCAGUUGUUCAAGGUGGAGUAGAUAAAUUUGGAAUCGGUGCAAAGAACGGCAUGGGUAGUUCUAUCGGUAACAUAUUUGAUGGCUUGCAAGAUGGCAUAGCCCUACGUGGUGUUAUGGUGAAUCUAGCAACUAGUUUCUUAUGAUUCCUGGAAGCGUUUGGAGGCGCCAUCUGUUAUCAUAUUUUAUUUUAAAAGUUCAUACUUUUAGCUGUUAUAAAAUAGGGAUAAGUUAAAUUUUAAAAGUGAGGAAAAGUUUUAUAAAAUUUUUAAAUACUAAUAACUAGUAAAAUCGUCAUUAAGCUCGACCCUGCUGGAAAUAAACACAACCACUUUUAUCUGCCCACCACGUCGACUUAACUACGGAAAUAUAAUAGCAUCAAUCUACCUCUGUAAUACGUUUCUUGUCUAGACUUAUAUUCAAUUUUACGAGUUGUAUGACGGCAUGUUUUUUGCUAGACUUAUUACUUAUUACUAUAUGAAAAUAGAAUUACCAAACUAUACAAACUAAAAAGCUUAACUAAAGAUGAAAAAGAAUUUAUCCUGAGCGAAAACAACGAUCGUACACCGAAAAUGAAGAUACAACUUAAAACCCAUAAAGCAGAUGAAUCCGUCCGUCCUAUAGUUGACUUCAGAAAUACAACGUUAUAUAAUCUUGAGAAAAUUCUAAAACAGAAACUAAAAAUAUAUCAAAAUUCUGAAUUUGCUAUUUAUAAUACUGAUGAACUAUUAUGUGAUAUUAAACAGAUAGAUAUAAAAGAUACAUACAGAAUUGCAAGUCUGGACAUAAUUGAUAUGUACCCUUCCAUAAUAUGGGAAAUAAUUGAACCAAAGCUGACACAACUUAAAAUUGAACCUGAAAUAAUAGACCUAAUCGAAUUUACCUACAGAAGCAACUACUUUGAAAUAAACAGUAAAUAUUACACACAGAAUAGUGGAAUUAGUAUGGGGUCCGUAAUAGGACCGAAACUAGCAGAGAUCAUAAUGAUAGAUAUAGACAAAGAAAUAAGUGACAUAUAUGGUAUAAAGUUCUACAGAAGAUACGUAGACGAUGUCCUAAUAAUAUAUGAUGAAGUCGAAAUUAACACUACUAAAAUCAGAAAAAUAAUAAAUAAUAUCCAUAAAAAUAUUCAAUUUAAAAUAGAAGAAGAAGAUAAAAUUACCAACAGCAUAAAUUAUUUAGAUAUUACAAUUAAAAGAAAUAAUACAAAUCUCGAAUUUGAACCGUUUAAAAAGCAGUGCUCAAUAAAUACCACAGUUAACUAUAAUUCUAACAUACCACUUCAUAUAAAACAAAACAUAUUUAAUAUGGAAUACACUAAAAUCAAAAAUAGAACUAGUAUAAAUACUAAACAAAUCGAACAUUUAAAUACACUAAAGAAAAAAUUUAUUCUUUCAGGAUACCCAAACAGAAUCCUUAAUAUUUGGGAAAAAGAAAUAGAUAAAAAAACAGAUAAAACAAUAAGAAUAGAUCCUAAACAAGCCGAAAUAAAAUACAUUCGUUUCCCAUAUAUAAGAGGUCUAUACGAAGAAGUUAAUAAAGAAGUCAAAAAAAUUAAUGUAAAACUAGUACCGACAUACGAUAAGCUAAUCUCCAGAUUAAAUGCAAAACAAGUUAACAAAACAAAUAUAACAAAGAAAGAAGAAAGUAAAAAUGUAGUCUAUAAAAUUCCGUGUACAUGCGAAAAUAAAAAAUUUUAUAUAGGUGAAACUAAACGUAAAGUUAAAGUAAGAUUGAAAGAACAUAUAGCCGAUUUGAAAUAUCGUAGACUAAAUUCUGCUUUUCAUGAACACUGCCUUUUAAAUAAUUGUAAUAUAGACAAAGAUAAUAUAGAUAUUUUACACAGAGAAAAAGAUACAUAUAAAAGAAAAUUCAAAGAAAGUAUAGAAAUAAUCAAAAAUCAAAAUAGUAUAAAUAAAAAUCCUAGCAUCUCUAUAAACGAAAACUGGUUAAAAUUUUUAUAUUGAUUGUAUUCACUGGAUUCAAAUUAUUAUUAUUGUGAUCAAUGUGCUAAAUAAUAAUUAUUGAACUGUUAAAUAAAUCAAUAACAAAAAACUGUAAUGUCGUAAUGGGAGUCAAAUAAUAUGUAAAUCUACAUUAAAUGUUAAUAAUGUUUACCAACUUCAAGACAUUGUAAUAUCAAUAGUUCAAAUAAUAAUCUAUAAUAUUAAAUAUUAAAAUGUUAAAUAAAUCAACAAUCAUACAUUGUAAAAAAUAUAGUAGAUGUCAGAUAUGUAAAUUUAUAUUGUAGAAGUUAUGUAAAUUCGUAUUAUAUUGUGAAUGUGUAUCAAAAGAAAUAAGGAUUUUGUAGAAAGCAUAAUCAAUUGUACACCAAUUUGAUAGUUGUUGUCCAGUGUAUGUUUAUAUCAAGAAUAUGUUUUAUAGUUUAUAUUGGUUAUAUAAUAAGUUUAUGUCCAGAAUAUGUUUUAUAUCAGGGAUUUUGUAGAACUGUUUUGUAAGUGAAAGUUGGCUAAAGAGGGGCUUAAGAGCCCGAAACGUGUAAAAAUUUU